UACCACGAAUUUUGAAAUUAAGUUACUGAAUCUAGUGGCAACCCGGAAGUAGUUUACGCCUCUGUUAUAUGGCAUCAUCGACACAUCGAGAACAUUUCUGAGCAAAGCUGAAAUUCGAAGAUGCCAUCGGCCGAGCAUUCUCUUGGGACAGACUUUGUUGUGGAGAACAUCUGCAGACUCAAUCCAGACAUAUUGGCACAACACUGUCAUCGUAUCCUGAGUUAUCUGCAAGGAAAGACUAAAGGAGUUGACUCUGCAGAAAUUUGUGACACUUUUCAGCGAGCCGGAGUCACACUUGAUCAUGAAUCUCUACAGAGCAUUGUCAGAUUCCUUUUGUUAUCAUUCAGGUCUGCCGGGAAAAGCGAGCUGUCUGCAGACGACUUUGUGUCAAGGCUAGAAGAAGGCAGCAAAAAAUGGUCCAAAGCAUCGCUCCAGGUCCUCCACAAUCUAUGGAGGGAACAUGGAGGAUCAGUACAAGUCCAGCAGGCCACCCAGGACUUGCUCAGCGCCGGUCGGCUCGUGGAUAUGCAGUGGAAGCUGGGCAUGGCAGUGAGCUCUGACACCUGCCGUUCUCUCAACUCGCCCUUCGUGACCAUUCUUCUGAAAAUCGCUGAGCCGACGGGCCAGAUAAGCCAGACGGCUUUUGAGAUGACAGUCCCGCAAUUCCAAAACUUUCACAAGCAGAUGAAGGAGCUGGCGGCUGUCAUGGAAACCAUAUGAUGGAAUGUGACUGCACAUGCCGGUGUUUACUGUUGACUCCUAUUUUUUUCUACAUCCCACUCUGAGCAGAAAAUUAAAAACACCACUUAUUGCCUUG